UCUUUAGGUAUGAGCUUAGGUAAUUUCUAGAACAAAUUGGGGCAAAAGUCUUCACAGGUUUGGUCGAAAAAAUCACCAUAGUAAAAGAACUCACUAAGAAAGACAGUAAGAAGUGGAAAGCUUGUGAGGAUAUGAAGAAGCAAUUCCAUGAGCUUAUGCUUAUAAGUUAUAAGCAACUACAAUUGCUCGGAUCUGGUGAUCUGCUUCCUACUUUGCUCAAAGACGGGGAUAAAGCGCAGAUUAUCAUAUACGGGCUGGAUGUGCUAAAAGACAUAAUGAAUGCAAUCAAAGAGAUUUCAGAGCUUAACUUCAUAUCGAAGUGAUGCCUUGAGGAAAGACUGCGCAUGAAAUUAUUCGAUUCUAAAGAAGACAUGAACAAUUAUAUUGCUGAUGUGCAGAAGAUUGUGGAUAGCUGACAACCUCAGGUUGUUGAGCAAACAGAGAAAGAGCAGAUGGAUGUUAAGUUCAACGAUAUGAUGGCUAAUGUUUCCAAAGAUAUGGGAGGACGAUCUACUAAAGCUUCAGAGAAGAUUUGGUAAGGUUAAAAGAAUUUU